CCCUGCUGAGUGGACGCGUCCGCGGAGCUCCGUUCUGCUGCUGAGUUCACUUCAAUCAAACUGCGAUUCAUGAAAAUCAACCUUGAUUUCUAGAUUUGACGAAAUGUGAUAAAUCGGCGGAUCGUGUCGUCAUGAGCGACGGAAAAGCGGCGCCUCACAGCGUACAGUACAAGUCGAGAAUGAGCGGAGGGAGCAGCAGUGUGCAGAUGGAGGAUCGCAACAUGCUGCGACGGAUGGAGAAGGAGAGAAGGAGUCAGGGGGUGCAGCAGGAGGAGAUGCAGUAUGACAGAAUCGCUCCUCUCUUCAGCAAGCCGUAUAAGAGAAUCAAAGAUGAUGAGCUGUCCAGUCUCAUCCAGAGGAUGCUGGGUAAUUAUGAGGAUGGAUAUGACGGACCUGAGGAACUUUGUCCUGCGCUUCCUUAUGACCGUUCCUCACACUUCCCUCACGUGGACGAGCAGUCUGUACAAAAGCAUCGCUCCAGAGACGCUCCAGACUGUGUGUCCGUCUCCGGGCCUCCUUCGGGUGAGAGCUGGGACAGUUUACCGGCCCUGUCUCCCCCGGUGGAGCCGCUGUCCCCUCUACAGUCCAGUGAAUCGGACGGCGGCCCGUCUCCAGAGCGCAGCAGCUCGAGCCGCAGGCCGGACGCGCCUCCGCUGACUCAUGCGCUCCCACUGAAUUUGCACGGAAAACUGGCCAACGCCAAGAAACCCACCGCAUAUGUGAGGCCGACGGUCGGUCAGGAUCAGGUGACCAGCGAUUCUCCCGAACUGAAGGCCUCACCGGAGUCUUAUGAGCACUUACAGGACCUGAAGGAUAGCAGCAAACCAAAGCUUCCUGCUCUGCAGUCGUCUGAUAUUGUGUCUGGUGUGCGUGUGGAGGACAUUCUACAGGAAAUGACCUCGUGGCCUCCACUACUGACGACCAUUUGCACGCCAACCACAGCAGAGCCAACUAAGUUCUCCUCCACUAAUGAGGAGACAUGUGGAUUCCAGACUCUCAAAGCUGAUGAAUCAUCAGACAGAGUUCAGCUGGAAUCUCAAGGUGUUUCCAGCAGCUCCAGUGAUACUGACAGCAGUUCUGAAACAGACAGUGAAAAGAGCAGCAGCCCAGAUGAACCAGCAGCUCCUGAGACAUUACACACACAGCCACAGAAAGAGAGUGACUGGCAGUUAAGACGAUGGUUAGAAAGCAGGGAUCACCAGCAGAACCAUAAGAGCCCAUGUGAUGUCAUCAGGCCAAUCUCCCAGGAUUCCUCAGAAAGGACUGGUUCACAGAGUUGCCAUAGUGACCCGACUAAUGGUGGCAAAGCGUCCGAUCACAGACAGACUGUGGGGAGCAAGAACAGGUGUGAGGAUCCGCUGUUAGAAAGCACAGGCGUGGAGAUUUCCCAGCGUGCUGAAAAUACAUCCACACACAGCGUGAAACACAAGAGAAAGAAAACGGUACAUCACACGGAGCAGAAGAAAAAGACAACAGACAACAACAUCAGCAAACAAACAGACAGGAAACAGACACAUCAGCCGCUGCUGGUGAAGAUAGAGCUGAACCUGCUCUCCAGAAUCCCUCAGGGGCCCAAAUCAGCUCCAUCUCACGCAGAGAGCAACAGUGCAUCAGGACGCAAGAGAGCGGUGAAGAGGGAUGAAAAGUCUUCAAAGAAACAGAAACUGGACAAAGAGGGAAAACACUCUUCCUCCACUCAGCAAAGCCUCCACCAAUCAGAGUACACGAUGAUGAAGAAGAAGAAGAGUGUGAAACACAGCUCAGGUCUUCCUCAGGAGUCGCACAAAGACUCGGGACGUGAGCACCGCUCAGCUGCGGCUCCUGACGGCCAGCAGAAGAAAGCAGAGACUCAAGGGAAGAAAACCUGCAAGAGCCGCAAGGAGCUCCCGGAGAAACCGUGUCCACGAGCGCUGCUGCCGCCCGAUCGCAGGAAACUCUCAGUGGAAGAUCAUUUGAAGGAAGCCAAAAAACUGAAGCACAAAGCAGAUGCUACGCCGGAUAAGAUGGCUAAAGCGCUCCGCUACCUGGAGGCUGCGCUGUCGUUCGUGGAAAGUGGCGUCGCCAUGGAGACGGAGCCGCAGACGCCCAAAUCUGCCUACACCAUGUUCUCGGAAACGGUGGACCUGAUCAGGUUUAUUCUCAAGCUGAAGAACUACACGGAUCCGUCAGCCGCCGCCCACGAGAGAGAUUUCUGCAUCCUGUGCAUGCGAUGCCAGUCUCUGCUGCAGAUGGCCAUGUUCCGCUCCAGACGAGAUUCGGCGCUCAAAUACUCGCGGACGCUCACAGAUCAUUUCAAAGUGUGUGAUCGACAGUGUUGUGCAGGUUAUUCUCACACUGAUUCAGACAGUUUGACAUCAGCCUCAUGGUCUUUUGUUUGUUUUCAGAGCCUGUCGUGGUCUGCGUCUCCCUCUGUGUCCAAGAGUGCCGUCUCGUCUCUGGGCAAUCCUCAGCCCAUCCAGCAGGUGGCGGCGGCGUACGUCAGCAUCACGGCACUCUUCCUGAGUGCUCACGAGACGUGGGAGCAGGCGGACGAGAUCGCUCUCAGAGGCAGCGGUUUGCUGCGAGAGCUGGAUUCAGCUGUUGGUCCUCUGAGUCUGACGUCCUCCACGAGCGCAUUAGUGCAAUACACACGACACGGCCUGCACUGGAUCAGACUCGACACGCAGAACCCGCGCUGAUGCUUCCCUCGACCAGCAGCGGCCUUCAGAGCGUCACAUGAGAUCUGUGAUACACACACACACACACACACUCGCACUCACACACACACACACACACACUCACACACUCACACACACACACACACACACA